AUGUGCAACGCGAUCGCCGAGGCGGUCGUGACCGGCGACAUCGGACCGCAGGGACAACAGGACACCCUGUUCGAUCUGAACGAGGCAACCGCGACUUACGACGCGCUGAAGGAUCGUGGCGUCGAUGCCAAGAUGAUCUGGCAUUCCUUUUCCGCUCCCGACGAAGACGCUGCAAUACGAAACCGGUCGCUUCAUGGACUGGUUCGAUCACUACCUCAGGACGAGAACACGGAGACGGGACCGGAAUUCGCGUAUUUCCGUAACUGGAUCGACUACGAGGAAACGCGGCGCCGGCAUACGCGACGUCCGACACCGUCGAUGUCGGGACCGCCCGCGCCUUCCAUCUGUCCGCUGACGGGGACUGCUGCCGGACGGCACACCGGUGAUACCUGGUCCGAAGACGAUCGUCACGGCACCGGGUGGGCUGCCGACGGGCGUCAGAGCCGCUCAAUAUCAAUCCAGCCGGAAACAUUCCGAAUGCACAGAUUCCGGGAACCGGGCGCUCUGGACCACUGCGCCGAUGACCGGGCGAUGGACGUGGUGGGAGCCCCACUG